UUUCAACUUGAAGGAUGUAAUUGAACAGCCGACUGUUGGCACAACUGUGAAGCCGUCGGAGCAAGAAAAGAAGUCCUGUAGCAUAAACCUUUGAACACGUCAUCUCAUUUUCCUUACGAAUUAGCAUUCAAAAAGCUAGUGGCGGUGUAAAAGGAUGAUAGCCACUAGAAAACCACGUCGGGAAUCUGCUAAAUUAUGCCUUCAGGCCAUUGGUGGAAUAACAACUCAACAAGAGUUUGAUGAUAGUUCCAUCUCUGAAAACAUCGAAAGUGAAGCGUCCGAUUAUAUUGCUGAAAGUGAAAACAAUGACGUUUCCACAGACGACAGUGAUUUUAGUAGCGAAAAUGAAGCUGAUGUGUCUGGUGAUUGGAAAAAUCCGUCAUCAAGCUCAUCACCGACAGGAUCUGUCAUUGAUGAACCACUUCCUAGACCAUUGUCAAAAAAAGCUCGCCAUUCUGGCUUACAUGACAAAACUUAUUUAAGAUCUCCAUUUGUAAGAUAUAUGAGAGCAUGCCGAGGACGUAUAGAUCGUGAUCCCAAGUCUAUAGCUCCUGUGAAAUUCCAACAGGCGAUAGAAGCAUUAAAAUUCACGUUUCGUAAUAUACAAAACCCAUUUUUGUGUUGUCCCAGCGGGCAUAAGUCACAGUUCAUAUGCCGGCAAAAUGCUCUGUUCCCAACAUCAGGGGCAUGGAUAAGAACACCUAUCCACGUUAAGAAAGACUACUUACCUGAGCCAUAUGUCAGCCCUAUAUAUCUAUCCGAUCAAAUGAACCGAAUCAAAUUAAAACGAUUCGAAUUUGAUGAUGAUUCCAAUUUGGUCUAUGUUGGAGGGGAGGUAACUUGUUUAUCCUGGUGUCCUCCACGUCUGUCUUCUUUACUGGAAUCUGAUACAAUUGGAGAUGAAUGUUCUUUUCUCGCAACAGCUUCAAUUCUAACACCGGAUUCACAUACACUGUACUCUGAUGAUAUAAAAAGCGGUCCAGGAACAAUACAGAUAUGGAAUUGUGGAAUUCUGGGUUUAACAAAAGUGUCAAGUAACUUAAAGCCUGAAAUCCACUUUAUUAUUACACAUGAUUGGGGUCGAGUAAUUGAUAUGUGUUGGGUGCCAGUUUCACCCUUUUCAGGUAUUAAAGAAUUAAAGGCGAAAGCUUGUCUCUAUGGUUCAUAUAUGACAACUAUUCCAGAAGCAGAGAGAGUUCUUGGUCAUUUGAUUGUUGCCUGUCAAGAUGGCUUUAUUCGUGUCUUGUCUAUACCAACUUGUCCUAUGAAUUUUGGAUGUGAAAAUUCAGCAGCUUCAGCAUUUGCUUAUACACUAGCAAAAAACUGUUAUCUUACAUUAUCUCCGUCUAUGUCAGAAAAUCCUCAUUGGUUAGGCUGGCCAACUUGUUUACAUAUUCGUCGUGAAUUUCCUGAUCGCCUGUUUGCUGGUUAUACAACAGGUUAUGUAUGCUGUUAUAAUUUGAGUAGUCUCAAUGAAUUAGUCUAUUCUCCAAAGUAUAAUCACUUAGCUCCAGUGAAAAUGUCUCGUUUGACUAGUAGUCCAGUUAUAUCAAUAUCACUUCAUCCUUUAAAUGGGAAUAUGUUGUUUGUCCAAGGCUUAGAACGUAUAGCUGGUGUAUGGGAUUUAAAUGAUUCAGUAUGCUUUACAUCAGAAUCUGGAGAAAUCACUUGGAAACCAGUGCAUGGUUUUAUGGGACAUGAAGCUAUGUGGAUCAGUAAUGGUGAAUUCUUAGUUAGUUCACGUGAAGCAUGGUUUACAUCAGCAGUGUGCAAAAGUAAUCAACAUCCAAAAUGGGGUGCAUUAUUUGACAAUAUGGAUAAUUGUAUAUGCCAAUUUUUACCAUCUGAACCAAAUGAAGGUUGUAGUCAUUUAGUACCACUUGGAAUUCAAUCACUUACAAGUGUAGAUUUCAGUGAUGCCCUGAAUGCUGUGAUUUGUAGUACAGACAGAGGACGUAUCGAAGCAGUUGCUGAAUCUGCAGAAAAGCGUAAAUGUGAUCCAGCUCGUCCAAAGUAUAUUCCUGAGAUGAGAAUACCAAUAUGUCAGUGGAUUAUCAACAAACGACCUGCUGAAACUCUUCAUCGACGCAUAAAACCUGAAGUGAAAUAUGAAGAGGUAAUCACAGUUGACGACGAACAAGGAGAUUUCAAUAAAUAUGAUUAUGACAUCAUAGAUAUCAAUUCUUUCUUUGAUGAAAAUCAAUUCGAUUGUAUUCCGUCAACAUCGUUUUCUUCGCCUCCGACUCCUCCAUCGAUUGCUAACUUUUCAAUUACUAGUGAUGAUUAUAGUAAUGAUAUCACUGCGUCUGCUGCCGCUGCUCCCGCUGCUACUCCUACUACUUCACUAGAGGAGAUGGCUAUUAAAGAGGAGGAUGAUGAUGUUGGCGAUGAUGAUGAUGGUGAUGACAGUGAUGAAGAACUUCGUCAAUCAAUUUUUCCUUCACCUGAUUGUGAACACUGUGAACUGGAACAAUCUAUGUGUUGGCAUAAACUAUGGGCUAAUCAUGAAUUACAAAUUUUGUUAAAGGACGAGGUACCAUUCAAACCUGAUUUGGAUUUUAUCAAUACACCAAUGUUGAAGAUAAACAAAAUCCGAUUCAAUCCGAACCCAACAGGAGCAACAUGGAUCGCCGUAGCCAAUAGUGUAGGUUUUAUUCAAUUCAUAUGUGUAGAAGAAUUAUACUGUAAAGAAUUUGAUAUCGCACUGAAUCGUAAACCAACUGGUAAAGAUUCAGUCUACUUAGAAUCUAGACCAAAAGAAGUCAUCAGUAAACCGAUAAAUACUACGCCUAAAUCAUUACGCAAAAAGAGUCACCGUAGACCACAUACUACUACUACUACUACUCCUUCAAAUUCUAAGCCUAGAUUACCGUCAUCAUCAACAUCAACGGUACCGCCUGUACAAAUAAGAAUUCAGUCAGCGAAUGACAGUAAUGAUGUAACAGAAGAGAGAAGAAAAGAAACUGCCAGUGACUCAUCUGGUGAUAGUGAUGCCACUGAAAUGAUGAUUAGCGAUAUGCAGACUUUGAAUAUCAUUGAAGAUAAGAAUGAAAAUGGAAGAAGUAGAAGGAGAAGUAAACGUCUGCAAUCUCAAAAGAGUGGUUUCAAUCUGUCAAAUUCAUCAACUGAUCCAUGUCAAGAAGCAUAAAUUUCAAUGUUAUUUGUAGCCACCCCCAAAAAAAAUGCAUUUUGUACAGUAAAGUUUCAUGUAUAUAGACGUAUACGUUUUUAUUUUGUAUUUAAUAGAUUCUUAUAGAAAAGCUACUUUUCUACCUUACGAUUAAUACACAUAUAUAAUUUUAUAAUAAUAAAGAAUGGACACGGAACAAA